UAUCUAAAGAAGUCGACUCCAGUCUCGUUUGAUUGGCUCAGGGAUUACACCAAUUCUAUACAAAAUGAUGGAUUAAAUCCAAUCGAUAACAAUAGCAAAGAAUUUUGUAAAUUUGAAGACAAUUUUGCCGAUAUGUUAGCAUUCAAUGAGAAAAAUCGCGACAAUAGUAGCGAGAAAUUAAGCAAAAAGCCGUCGAAUCCAUUUAUGGACUCGAAUACUAAUGAUUUAAUAGAUAUUAAUGAACAGCACUUCGAUCAACAAAACAUGAAUUCAGUACUCAAUACAAAGACCAAUAAUGUGGGCAACAGUAGCUUUUACAAGGACUUGGAUUNAUUUAUGGACUCGAAUACUAAUGAUUUAAUAGAUAUUAAUGAACAGCACUUCGAUCAACAAAACAUGAAUUCAGUACUCAAUACAAAGACCAAUAAUGUGGGCAACAGUAGCUUUUACAAGGACUUGGAUUCGCCCGACGAGUUCAGUACACUUCCGCGCCACUCGAUCGCGUCGGGCGCCACACCUCUGGCCGCCCGCGAGAGUGUCAUUCGGGCGCAGAUGACAAUGCGUGAGGAAGACUUCACGUACUCCCAGUCGUUCACUAUAUAUAUCGGCACUUGGAAUGUGAACGGACAGAACGUGUCCGCACCACUCGGCCAGCAUUGGCUCGCAUGUGAUCCCAAUCCGCCCGACAUGUAUGCAAUCGGUUUCCAAGAACUGGAUUUGUCGCGCGAGACGUUUCUCUUCAAUGAGACGCCCAAAGAGGAGAUGUGGCUAAAGGCCUGUCGGGAAGCUCUCCACCCGAAGGAGAGCUACGAAUUGGUCCAAUUGGUACGACUCAUAGGAAUGAUGUUAAUUGUAUUCGUCAAAAAAGACUUAAGACAAUACAUCACUAAUAUCUCAUCGGAAAUGGUCGGCACCGGACUUAUGGGACGAAUGGGAAACAAAGGCGGAGUUGCCGUUCGGUUUGAUUUGCACAACUCGUCGGUGUGUUUCGUGAACAGCCAUUUGGCCGCUCACGGAAACAAAGGCGGAGUUGCCGUUCGGUUUGAUUUGCACAACUCGUCGGUGUGUUUCGUGAACAGCCAUUUGGCCGCUCACGUCGAGGAGUAUCAGAGACGCAAUCAGGACUUUAAUGAUAUUUGUUCUCGACUUGUAUUCAAUCAAUACAAACCUCCCAAAUGUAUUAAUGAUCACGACCAUGUCUAUUGGUUCGGAGAUCUAAACUAUCGUCUCAUGGAUUUGAGUACAGAACACGUGAAGAAUAUGUUGGAAGUGAAAGCGUAUCAUUCGCUGUUACAGAAGGAUCAGCUCAAAGAUCAGAUGAAGCAAAAGAGUGUGUUUGUGGGCUAUAGUGAGGGAGCAAUCAAUUAUUUGCCGACCUAUAAGUACGAUCCGGGAACUGAUAACUGGGACUCUAGUGAGAAGAGCCGACCGCCCGCCUGGUGUGACCGCAUUCUCUGGCGAACAAAACAACCCACAGAACAGCUUCAAUACAGAAGUCAUCCCAAAAUGAUGAUCAGUGAUCACAAACCGGUCAGCGCUCUCUUCGAGGCCUCCAUUAAAGUGAUUGACGACAAAAAAUAUCGCAAAAUAUACGAAGAAGUGAUGAAAAAGUUGGAUAAACUGGAGAACGAAUUCUUACCGCAAGUGGCCGUCGAUAAGAUGGAAGUGUUGGAUAAACUGGAGAACGAAUUCUUACCGCAAGUGGCCGUCGAUAAGAUGGAAGUGGUGUUCAAUUCGGUGUCGUUUCGUGAGAAACUGGUGAACCGUUUGACGAUUGCAAACGUAGGUCAGGUGCCGCUCACCUUCGAGUUCAUCAACAAACCCAACGAAAACUCUUAUUGCAAGAAAUGGUUGCAAAUAAAGCCAUACACACAGCGAAUAAUGCCCGGAAGUACUCUCGACGUGGAAAUCGAGGUCAACAUUGACCGGACGACUGCCCCUCGACUUAAUAACGGUUUGGAAGACUUAACAGACAUUCUUGUGUUGCAUUUAGACGGAGGCAAAGAUCUGUUCAUAACAGUGACGGGCAGUUAUGAGAGGAGUUGCUUCGGUUGCGCUAUUGAGACAUUGGUUCGACUCAAGUGUCCACUCAAUCAGGUCUCCAAAGAUGUGCUAAAAAUGUUGGAACGAAGACAAUAUGGCGACGAUAUGCCGCCCGUUUGGGACAUACCUAAAGAGUUGUGGAUUCUUGUGGACCAACUGUACAAAUACGGAAUGUUAACCAAUGAAUUGUUUCAACACUCGGGCCUUAACACAGAGUUUGUGGUCAUUCGUAACGCAUUGGACACCGGAUUUGUUGACAAAAUCAAUGUCGGCGUCCAUUCCUUAGCCGAAAGUCUGAUUUUAUUUUUGGAAGCGCUGUCAGAGCCGGUCAUACCCUUUGCUUUCUACGACCGAUCCAUUGAAAGUAGCAAUAAUUUUCAAAACUCAAAACAAGUCGUGAAUGAAAUACCAGAACAUCACAGGAAUGUCUUCUACUAUUUAAUCGCAUUUUUUAGGGAACUCUUAAGGCAUUCAAAUAGUAAUAAACUGGACGUUAAACUAUUGGCGUCAAUUUUUGGUUCCGUUUUAUUGAGAUCUCCGGAGAGCUCAGCCUUUAACGAGAGGAAUAGCAUUAUUCAUCCAAACUUUACAAAAAGCACUGAUAAUAACAGUUCAUUCAGAUCCCAUCUGCCGUCACAUCACCGCCAAAGGGAUGCCUUUGUUUUCCACUUUUUAGUCAAUGAUUUCGAUAUUUAAUUCUCUUUUUAGUGUUUUUUGUUGUUUUAUUUGAUUUCAC